UUAUAGAUUAACACAGCUGAAUGGAAAUGUUAACUCGAUCCAAUCAAUGGAAGAGAUAAUGAAGUUGAUGUGUUGUAAAUAUGUUCACAAGAGAAGGAUGAUUUCGAUGAGAGUGAGUGAGCGAGAGACAAGCAUUGAACAAUAAACAAUUAUUGAUCAAUCGAAACAACAUCUUAACACUGGGAAAUGUGGUUCAGAUAAUAUGUGAGCUAAGAUGAAGAAGAAGAAGAAGAAGCCUCAUCGUCAUGCCAAAGCUGGUAAUCGAUCUCGUCAACCAAAUGUCGCCAAUAAUAUAUCCAUCCAGAAUGAAUCAGUGAAAUGUGAUGAUGUAGAAACAGAUAGAAAGAGCACUGUUGAACUUAAUGGAGAAAUAGCUACCGGAAUUGAUACAUCUGAAGGUGCUGAUAGUUCACUGGGGAUUGAUUUCUAUCCGUUCGCGUAUUCCCUUCAUGAUGAGCAGUUAUCAAGCCGAUGCUGGUAUUGCCUUGCAAAGGCUGACACACUUAAGCGCUGUCGUGCAUGUCGUAAAGGGAUGUUUUGUAAUCAAAAGUGUCAAACAUUAGGAUGGAAAGAUCAUCGAUCGGAGUGCAAAGCUUUCCAAUUGCAUGAUAAAAUACCUAAUAUUGAAGUGCGUUUGCUGGGCAGGAUUGUUACUCGUUAUAAGGCAAUUAAACUGGGAAAAGACAAGGAGGACAAUAAUUUUUACAAGGAUCGUACAUCCAAACGAUCUAUUAUGGAUAUCUGGUCCCACACGGAUCUCAUAAAACAGGAUCCUGGUGCUAUGAAAAAAUUUAAUGGGAUUUAUGCUGAUCUUCUUGCAUUCUAUGGAUCGAAAGCAAUGGUUGGUAAAGAUGAAGUGUUCGAGCUGCAUUGCCGAGACUAUAUCAAUCGCCAUGCGAUCAGUGAUUGCGGUUACAUAGAGGAAAUCGGGAAAGGUUUAUAUUUGGACUUAUGUGCUUACGAUCAUAGUUGUCGUCCAAAUACAAUAUAUACUUGUGAUGGUUUUGUUGCAACAUUGAGGGGCCUUACUGCUAGCGUCGACUUGCGAAAUCUCAGUUCAGCUCAUUAUUCUUACAUAGAUUUAAUCAAUACAACACAACAAAGACGUAAAUUAUUGAAGGAUACUUGGUACUUUGAAUGUCAUUGCACACGCUGUAGUGAUCCGGAUGAUGCUCUCCUGUCAUCCAUUUUAUGUCCAAAUUGUCCGGAGAAACGGGAAUAUUUAUGUAUAUUCGGUGAUUUACCAUACAAGGACCGGAACACUCAAAUAAUAACCUGUCCGAAAUGCCAUAAUAAAGUAUCCCCGGAGUAUGUUGUAGAAGCGAUAGGAGCUAUGCGUUUUAUCGAUAAAAUUGUUGAAAAUCAUGAAGUUGAGCAGAUGUCACGAGAGCAAAGUAUUAAAUUUUUAACCGAUUUGAAGGAACGUUUUAGCAAGUUAUUGUCAAAAGUAAAUGUGUUCCUGUGCAAAAUCAUCCAGCUGCUAAUUCCACUGAUUAAUAUGUCAGACUGUCAACUUUUAUUGGAUUUGCAUUUGGAAGCGGAAGAAUGCGUCCGUUUUUGUUUUCCCUUCAAUCAUCCCGCUGUUGGCAUUCAUUAUCGCAGCAUUGCUACUUUCUAUCUGAAGUGUAAGCAGCCGCAUCGAGCUUUGCUUUAUUGUAAAAAGGCGUAUGAAAUCAUAAGCUUUACGUUGGGACCGAAACAUCUAAUGACAAUCGAGACGGAUGCCAUGUUAAAAGAUGCAUCUAACGAGGUUCAAGAAGCAAAGAAAUUGAUCUUCGGUGAAAAAAUUCGCAGCAACGCACUUUUGGGAAUCGAUACAAAUAUAAAAGGGAACUGUAAUGGGACAGAAUAAAAGUGUUCAGUGAACGAUAGUGUCGUGAAAAACACUGUACGAUACAGAAUGAUAAUGCAUUAGAGGAUGACUCUUUCUUUUCUGAUUACCGCAUGAUGAUUUGCA